AUGUGUGUGACUGUGUUGUGUGGUUGUUCGCAGUGGGAGGUGGAUGGAGCCACACUCCCGGGUCAGGGACACUGUGGCCAGGCAGCAGAGGACAGAGCCCAGGCCACAGUGGAGCACAGCUCUAAUGAAGGGCCAGGCGGCGGGGAUGAGACCCGGCUUUUACUGGGCCACACUUUUAAUUGGUCUAAUGAGAUGCAGAGUGACCGGCGCCAGGUCAAACACCGCAGGACAGAGCCGGACAAAGGAGGACGUGCCAGUAAACACAGUCUGAAAGACAAUGUGAUGGCUUCAGUGUAA